AUGGCGCCGUCGGACGCGCCCCUCGACGCCGACGCCCUCGGGGAUGUCAUGGUGACGAACGCCGGCUCCGGGGAGGUGGCGGACCUGCGGAGCCUCGUGGGCACCGGCCGCUGCCUGGUCGCCUUCCUGACGCACCUGGGGGACUUCGACAGCUGGGAGUACGCGCAGGCGCUGCGACCAAGGCUCGCGGCGAUGGAGGCAGACUCGAAGGUGAAGGUCGUCGUGGUGGCGAUCGGGUCGCCGGAGUCCGGACGGCUGUUCUGCGAGCUCACGGGCCUGCCCGACGACGUGCUGUGGAUGGACCCUGACGCGACGUCGUACAAGAGGAUGUCCUUUGAGCCAGGCCUCAAGCUCGGCGGCGAGCAGCCCGUGAACCCGUACGUGCGCCUGAUGGCCAUGUGUGCGGGCCUCGGGUCCCCCGGGACACUCCCGGAGGUGUUUCGCGGGUACCUGGGCGACCGCGGGGUCGGGCAGGUGUGGAAGGGGGACUCGUACGACCCGCGCCCGCUCCCGUUCCCCGCGGGCGCGUUCGACGUCGUCGGGCGCGGCUACCAGCGGCCGUUCGAGCUGGCGACGCUGCGGCUGCUCAACAUGGCCGACAUCCUCGCGCGCUGGGACAAGCUGAAGCCCGCGGAGGACGAGCUCAUCCUGCAGCGCGGCGGCACCGUGGUGCUGGACGGCGGGCGGCGCGUGUGGAUGCACAAGGACAGGGGGAUUCUGGGCUACGCCAACGUGGACACGGCGCUGCAGAAGGCGAUGGUGUAG